UUUAGGAAUAUUCACACACAAGUUCAUAACUGAGCAUAUCAAAGUUACCCGGUGAUGACUCAUGAAAGAGAAAGGAGAACAAGUUACAGAUGAUAACAGACACGCAAACAUUGUUUCAUACAAUCAUACUUAUCUGCACACAUCUGAACAGUAAGAAAGGUUGGAGGCACAAAUAUAUAGAAGAGAAAUAUCUCUGAGCUUGUUGGAUCUCCGAAAGUGCACUUCUAGAGCAGCAGCAUGGAUAGCUUCAGCCUUGGCAUCAUGAACAGCAGCAGCUGCAGCAAGGGUUUUGUCACUUACCUUGUCGCCGCCUCCUCGAUCGCCAUCGCCUCCGCCUUCUUCCUCUCCAACCACCAAAGCUCACUGCUUGGAUCUCACGACCACCAACUUUCUCUUUCUUCGCGAAGCGUUCGAGUUUGGCCAGAUUUGGAAUUCAACUGGAGGACGGUAGUGGCGACCGUCAUCGGGUUCUUGGGCUCGGGCUUUGGCACUGUGGGCGGCGUUGGGGGCGGCGGCAUCUUCGUUCCGAUGCUCAACCUUGUCGUUGGCUUCGACACCAAGUCCGCCGCGGCCCUCUCCAAAUGUAUGAUAAUGGGGGCAUCGGCGUCGUCGGUUUGGUACAAUCUACAAGUCUCGCAUCCGACGAAGGAGGUGCCGAUCAUCGACUACAACCUGGCUUUGUUGUUUCAACCCAUGCUUAUGCUGGGGAUCACCAUUGGAGUGGAGCUCAGUGUCAUCUUUCCUUACUGGCUCAUCACAGUUCUCACCAUCAUCCUCUUCAUGGGUACUUCCUCCAGGUCCUUCUUUAGGGGGAUUCAGAUGUGGAAGCAGGAAACCAUACUCAAGUUGGAGAGGGAAAAGCAAGAGGAGGAAAAAACAGAGAACAAUGAAAGGAAAGUGGUGAAUAUUAAACCCGAGUUCGAAGAACCACUUCUUCCUCAGCCAGCAGAGAAAUCUGGACUGGAGGUUUUGUUGUUCAACAUAAAGUGGAAAGGGAUUCUUGUGCUGAUCAUUGUAUGGUGCUCCUUCUUGCUUCUGCAAAUCCUUAAGAAUUGGUCAGAAAAUUGUAGCAGCUUCUUUUGGGUGGUCAACAUUUUGCAGUUUCCAGUAGCGCUAAGUGUGUUCGUGUGGGAGGCGGUAAAGCUAUGGAGGGAGAGCCGGGAGCGGCGGAUGUGCGGGAAUUCAGAGUGCGUGUGCGAGGCGUCCAUCGAGUGGACGGGACCGCAGCUCCUCUUCUGCGCCCUCUGUGGCUUGCUAGGAGGGACCGUCGGCGGACUCCUCGGCUCCGGUGGCGGUUUCAUCCUCGGUCCCCUUCUCCUUGAGAUUGGUGUAAUCCCACAGGUGGCAAGUGCUACGGCAACAUUUGUGAUGAUGUUCUCCGCCUCACUCUCCGUCUUCGAAUUCUACUUCCUCAGGAGAUUUCCCAUUCCUUACGCGCUUUAUCUAAUCGCGGUGUCGGUGUUGGCCGGCUUCUGGGGGCAGUUCAUUGUGAGAAAGCUGGUGAAGUGGCUGGGGAGGGCGUCGAUCAUCGUCUUCAUCCUCUCCUCCGUCAUCUUCGCGAGCGCUCUAAUGAUGGGUGUUGUGGGCACUGAAAAGACGAUCUCCAUGAUCAAGAAGCAUGAGUACAUGGGAUUUCUCAACUUUUGUGAGAAAUGAAGGGAAAGGGAAAAAAAAAGAAAAGAAAUAGUAGUUAAUUAUCAAUGAAAGAAUGUGUAGGUCAAUACCUAAUUGACCUGACCUCUUCUUCUAUUCUAGCAAUAAUAUCUUGUAUGCAUGUGUUAGCUCCUCGCUAACCUGCAAAAUAGUUGCUCUUUACUCUACUAUUGCGAUUAUAAAACGAGUGAUUUGUUUCUACACCGAUGGUGCAUUUAUAAUAAAAAGUUACAAUUAUUUAUUUA